AUGGCACUCCGGGCAAAGACAGAUCGCCGCUAUCUCUUUUAUUUUGCACCAGUUUUUCUCAUCCUCGCGUUGCUUCUUCAGUUGUUUGUCUCGCUCUCGCUCCCAAUCAUCAAACCGCUAUAUCUCUUCUCUCUGCACAUCCAGACGAGCGCCGUCGAGGUCAACAAGGGCGAACUCCGCUUUGGCCUCUGGGGUUUCUGUUUUCUCACCGAGCUCGACGAGGGUUGGUGGGAUUAUGGCACUUGUAGUACCCCGCGCGUCGGUUACACAGUCGACCCAGCCAUCAUCUCCACACUCGGAUUAUCGCCGUACUUGUACGACAUUAUCACACAAGUCCUCGUCUCUUUUCUCGUCAUCCAUCCCGUAGUCGCAACAUUGACACUACUCAGUCUCUUCCCAACCUUUUUCCCAUUCUCCCGCUUUGCACAAAUCCUAUCAUUGAUUCUCAACAUCAUCUCAGCUGUCCUCAGCACUCUCGUCGUCGCCGUUGAUUUUGCCAUUGUAAUGAUUGCACGCAACAAGCUCCAAGCACUUUUCCCAGAGGCCAGCACCAUCUCAAGUCUCGGCAUGCGCUUCUCUCUGUCCUUUGGAAAUACAGUCUGGAUGUCCGUCGUCGCAGUCGUUGCGCUUUGGGCGGCCGUCAUUGCAGGGAGCAUCAUCGUCUGCUCUUGUAUAGGCUACAUUGAAUGGGAUGAUGUUGAUGCGGAGCAGCUCAACAAAGAAGGGAAGACGCAAUUCUGGCGAAAGUUCCACUUUUGGCGUCAUGCGAGGCCAAGAGGCAUACGAUGGCGUCGACAUAAGCCCGAGGAUGUCGAAGAGAAGGAGAAUCCAUCAAACUGA